AUGAAGCUCGAAACCCUGCAGCAGUAUGCGAUGCCUGGGAAGAUCCCGUGGACAAGUCGCAAAGUCAGAAUCAUUGCAGUCUUGUGCGGGAUACUGUGUCUACGCUUCUUCCUGGGGGCACUCGACGUAAAACCCCUCCAGACUCGAUUGCCUCAUGCGCUCCGACAGCAGACCUACCUUGAUCAGAACGGCUUUCAGUCGAUCCCCAUAACCGGCUUCGUCAACACCGGAGACCUCGCAAGUCGCACAUGCGAAGACCUCAGACAUGAAGGAGAACUACAGGUGCACACGAGCUUGUACCUCGAAGAUGACUUGGAGCACAUUGCACGAUCGCUGGCCGGCCACCCAAUGAUCGACUAUUCCCAGCAAGAGAAGGGCUUGACAUUCCGCCAUCUGGUGGCCAAAACCUGGGCGAGGUUAUCUGGGUCGAGUGUGUGGAUCGAGAAGUUCCAGGUCUUCUUGACCGUCACCAGAGUCAUCUUCUACGACAACGGGCUCCGACACAAGCCUGUCAUUAGUUUUCUGGCGGGCCAACUCCACGACGAAAACUGGAACGAGUUGAAGAACUACACCAUCCAGUGGCAGAGUGAAGAGAUCAGAUUCCCCACCGUCUUCAACAUCCCGGCCCCCUUCAAGCAGGGUGACCGGUAUUUUGGCCCUGAAGACCCCCGUGUGAUUCUCGAGGAGGGGGUGGAUGAUGCUGAGCCCAUUGUAACCUUCAACAUGCUCUAUGACCUCAAAACCGGAGACCGCGCCAUGUACAUCUUCCGGCCCUUUUCCAACGACACCACCGUCCUGACCAUCACGGGCCAGACCGAGAGGGCGCACGCGGAAAAGAACUGGGCGCCCUUCUUCAUCAACGAGCACGAGCCCAUCUCGCCAGGACACUACAAGUGGCCCAGCCACUAUAUCCAUUUCAUCUACGACUUCAACCCGCUGAGGGUACUCAAAUGCCACACCCUCAACGGCUGGUGCCAUUUUGUCUACGAGCAGAAAGUUCCCGAUGCGCUGAAAGGAUCGGGCCUCAAUGCGAACGGGCGCAUGACGGGCGGGACAAACAUGGUGCCGCUGCAGCUGGAAACACGCUCCAACCUCCACGCGUGGGUCGGCUUCCCCAGGUCUCACAUCAACAUCGGGUGCACCGACGACUUGGCCAUGUACCGGCCCGAGCUGAUGAUCAUGACGGCGCACGGCGACCACUUCUACCUCAGCUUCAUGUCCGGGCCCAUCGACUUUGGCACGGCGGCCAUGACGCCCGAGGCUAUUGGUGAUCCGUGCGGCGAGGGCAAGAUCGUCAUCGCCAACAGUAUCGCCAGGUGGGAUCGUCGGCCCAAGCACGACGUCCUGACACUGACCCUCUCGGUGGCCGAUUCGACCGUCCAGAUCAUGCAGCUGGCGAGUCUCUCCAAGUUCGUCAGCCAGCUGCCCCACGUCGCCCAUUUAGACGGCGUCUUCCUCGCCGACAUGUCCACCCGGAACAAGACCGAGUGGGAUCUACGGUACACGGCCGUCAGCAAAGACGUCCUCGACUGUACCAUGGAGGUGGCCUCGUACUACUCGGAGAUCAUCGCCGCUCCCUUCAAGGGAUUGUCCAAGGAAGAGCUCUCGUACGAAAACGGCAAAUGGGACUGGAAGGCCGGAGCAGUCAUAUGA